CUAGUAAGCAUUCACUUUUUAGGCCUUAGGUGUCGAAGGUUUAGGAAUAGAAUCAAAAAUAUUUUCCAUUUUACUAGUGACAUUCGGACCAGUUUUAAUAUAAAGAAGUGAAAUUAAAAGUUCCAAAAAAGACUCUUUCUUAAUUUUUGUACCCUUACUAGGAGAUACUUAAUUCGUUAUGAAGCUACCAUCCAGCAGCUGUUACUAUUUUUAAGCAGGUGAAAUUUCCGUGAAAAAGAGACACGAUAGUCAAGCAACACUGGAGAGCGGAACCUUUGGCCAUAUUUUCGUACAAUUCGUUACACAUUUUCGUACAGCCACCAAGUUCUCGAGCAAGCUGAGCCCCCAGCUGUUACACCUGGUGGGGAAACAGACAGAAACCCGAAUAGAAUAGAAUAGAAGCCACAGUCGCCGUCGCAACAGAAGUACCAGUAGGAGAAGCCGAAGCAGAAGCAGCCGCCGCAGCAUGAACUCGAAGGCUGACGUCAACCGCCGCGUUCUGACCAUUCAGGCGAAGAAGAAGCGUCAAAGGAACAACAAGAAGCGGGGCAAGCAGAACGGGAAUGCAUCGCAGGAACAGCCACAGCAGCCGAAUCCCAAUCCAAAUUCUGGGCCAUCAGCACCGGAUAAUGCUAAUAAUAGCCAUGUAGAAGUGCAGCAUUCGGGCAGUGCCGGGAAUAAACCCAAUGUUAGCACAAAAGCAAGCACGUCCUUCAGCAAGGCCACGGGAAAUGUUUCGACUUCGAGUGGUGGUUCUGUCAGCACGUCGGACCAAUACCAGCCCCCCGCGCCGCCGCCAAAAGCCAACCAGAAGCAGCAGAAACAGAAUCAGCAGCAACAACAGCAGCAGCAGCAGCCGCCGCGAAGCUCCUCCAAUGAGUCUUACGAAUCGGAGCUGGCCAGCGAGAACGAGGAGCAGGAGCUGAAGGAGGACUAUUGCAAGGGUGGCUACCACCCCGUCAACAUCGGUGACCUGUUUCAGGGUCGCUAUCAUGUCAUCCGAAAACUGGGCUGGGGUCACUUCUCGACCGUUUGGCUAUGCUGGGACCUGCAGCAGGAGCGCUAUGUGGCCAUCAAGAUUGUCAAGUCUGCACCGCACUUUGCCGAAACGGCCAAGGACGAGAUCAAAAUACUCAGGACGGUGCGCGAAACAGAUCCGUCGAAUCCAAGGCGCCAGAAAACUGUCCAGAUGCUGGACGAUUUCAAGAUAACUGGUGUUAAUGGCACGCAUAUUUGUAUGGUGUUCGAGGUGCUCGGCGACAACUUGUUGAAGCUUAUCCGGAAGUCGAACUAUCGCGGUAUUCCGCUGAACAACGUGAAGACCAUCACUCGACAGGUGCUCGAGGGUCUGGACUACUUGCACACAUGCUGCAAGAUCAUCCACACGGACAUCAAGCCCGAGAAUGUGCUGCUGUGCGUCGACGAGCCCCAUGUCCGCUCCCUGGCCACCGAAGCCACCCAGCUGUACUGCAUGAACUCCAAGAUGUACCCCUCGCUGGUCAGCCGGGCGCCCAAGGAGUACCGUGAGCCACCCAUCACCGGCAAGAUGAGCAAAAAUCGCAAGAAGAAGCUCAAGAAAAAGGCCAAGAGGCGCAUGGAGCUGUUCAAGAAGCAGCGUGACUAUCUGGAGCAGACAGGAGGCCAGGGCCAGGUCGAGGGGAUGGAUGGUGAGGAGCAGACCGACUUUGGCGUUAAUCACAAUGCGGUGCAGAAUGGUGAUGGUGGAGCCUCCGAUGCGGAUGGCGCCUCCGAUGUGGAAGUCAAGAAAGAGCCGGUUCCGUUUGAGGACGAGGAGGAGACUGAGGCUGCUGGCCAGCCUGUGGUGGCCAAGGAGCAACAAGAGCGACAGACUGGUGGACAGGAGCAGCAGCCACCGUCGGAGAGCACUGAGAAGGCCAAAAAGAAGAAGAAAAAGAAGAACAAGAACAAGGGAAAUCAAUCGCAAGGUCAGCAGCAGGGCUCUCAGAUGGAGAAUUCUGCGAGCAGCGGCGACAAUAGCAAUGCGCUCAAGAGCCACCAGACCAACGGCAGCAGCAGCAUCAGCAACUCCAACAGCAACUCCAUUAGCAACUCGAGCGGUACUGUAAAGGGACAAUCAAAUGGCAAGAAGAUGCCGCAGCAAUCCAAGAAGGAGAAACAGAAGCAGCAGCACCAGCAACUGAAUAACAACACAAGUUCGAAGCCCAACUCGAACAGCAUUUCGAAAAUCUCAAGUGAGUCUGUGGACAACUCUUCGUGGUGCAACGGACCGUAUUCAGAGCCACUGUUACCACCACCUCCGCCACCGCCACAAGCUAAGCAUCGUCCCAAGCGUGAUCCGGCGCUGGAGGAGUGCUCGGUGGAUGUGAAGAUCGCCGAUCUGGGCAAUGCCUGCUGGGUGGACAAGCACUUCACUGAGGACAUCCAGACGCGACAGUACCGCUCCCUGGAGGUGAUCCUUGGCUCCGGCUACGACACUUCAGCGGACAUCUGGAGCACUGCGUGCAUGGUCUUCGAGCUCGCCACCGGCGACUAUCUGUUUGAACCGCACUCUGGCGACAACUACUCCCGCGACGAGGACCAUCUGGCGCACAUCAUUGAGUUGCUGGGUCCCAUUCCACGGCGCAUCGUGUUCCGGGGCACCUACGCGCAGCAAUCGUUCAACCGCGAAGGUGAGUUGCGGAACAUUACCGGCCUGAAGCCCUGGGGCCUGAUGGACGUGCUGCUGGAGAAGUACGAGUGGUCCCACAGCGAUGCCGAGUCGUUCGCAUCGUUCCUCAAGCCCAUGCUGGAGUUUGAUCCGGCCAAGCGGGCCACCGCCGCGGAGUGUUUGCAGCACCCGUGGCUUAGAUAAGAUACGAUGCAGCCUGGUUGUUGGCUGCGCGCCACCCAGCCAGCAGUAGGAGCAGAGGUAGUGGCGGGACGAAAAGCAUCGGGAACAAGAGCGGCAAGAGGAACAUUAUCGGAAACGGCAUUUGUUGAGGCUUCGGCUUCGGUGGCCACACUGGCGUCCAUUUCAUCAAUUGCAUCUACAUCGGCGGCAGCAAUGGCGGCGCUGAAGGCGCGUCCGUAUCUGGUGCCGCCUUUCGCGGCCACAGCAUCCGCUCCUCCAACACCCCAACCGCAUAUAACCAGUACUACGUCCAUGGCGUGCACUGCGCCAGCAACGCCCACAAGACGUCGCCUCGCCAACGAAUCCGUGGAGAUGGUGGAGGCUGAUUUCGAUAUUGCCGAGUUGGAGGAGAUGGUCGAAGCUCCGCCCCAUACCAAGACCAAGUCGCAUCGAUUCUUCUGGCGAAAGGCGCUGCGACGUGUCUUCCGGCGCCGCAAGUGACAUCAGUUGAGGCGCCGCCGGCAGGAUCUACCCCGAUGGCACCGUCCCGUUACCGCCCACCGUCGCUGUAGGCGCCGCAGCCUGGCCGACCGGGUGCGACGGGUGUGUGCCUGUUGCGCCUACGGCCAGGUCCUGUUGCGUGCCGCUCGCGUGGCCCUGCUCAGCUGCAUCCGCUGGCGAACGCGUGGCAACAUCCGUAACAACAACUUUUACUUCAGAAAUCACUAGAAUCGCAGCCAUCAGCCAGCUGAAACACACAACAAUCAGUCUAUUUGUCUAAUAUCUCCCUUCUCCAGACACUAGAGCUACGUUUAAUGUUAACAUCCAUUCGAUUUAGUUUUAUAUACGCGCCAGCACUUAAUUUA